AUGAAGUGGGGCAACGAGGCGAUCGCUGGGUACUCGCAGAACUUCCACCUGGCCGCCUGGCUGGUGUCCAGCGUCAAGACCAUCGACGUGCUGGCCCUGAGUGCCGCAGACGGAGACCCUGUGGCAGGAAUAUGCUACGUGGGCAACCAGAGCGUGGAGAGCCUGCGGGGCUUUGUGCUUGCUCCCCUGGUGGUCUACCUCUUCACAGGCUCCCUCUUCCUCCUAGUGGGGUUUGUAUCAUUGUUCCGCAUCCGCAGUGUCAUCAAGCAGCGGGGGACCAAGACAGACAAGCUGGAGAAGCUGAUGUUAAGGCUGGGCCUCUUUACAGUCCUCUACACGGUCCCUGCCGCGGUGGUGGUGGCCUGUCUGGUGUACGAGCAGCACCUUAGGCCCCAGUGGGACACAGGACUUUCCUGCUCCUGCCAGGCUGAGAGACAGAGGCUAGUCCUAGGGCCAGACCACGCCAUCUUCAUGCUCAACCUGUCCAUUUGGUGA